AUGGCACCUCCAGAGAAGCUCGGGGUGACCCACACUGCCGUCGUUACACCAGGCUCUCAUAUCGAAAAUCAUCGAAAGAAGUCCCUUGACGAAGCCUUCGACUUCAUUCGCACGCAUGAGGCGACCGUGGUGUACGAUGAGGCUGCUCUCAAACGCCUGCGACGCAAAAUAGACUGGAAGGUCGUUCCUUUCCUGUACCUGAUCUUCGGCAUACAAUACUUGGACAAAUAUCUCAUGAACUACGCGAUCAUCAUGGGUCUAGCCAAAGACUUGAAGCUGGAAGGACAAGAUCUCAACAACUGCAUAUCAGCGCUUUGGAUUUCGUACCUCAUCGCUGAGGCUCCCAUAAGCGUCAUUUUGAACAAAUGCCCGGUCGCGAAAUGGCUCGGUGCAAACGUAAUCGUUUGGGGAUUCCUAGUUACUUGCACAGCCGCUGUGAACAAUUACGCUGGCAUGCUGGCCCUUCGAAUUCUUCUCGGAAUUGCCGAUGCGUCUCUACCGCCAAGUCUGAUGAUCAUCAGCAGUCAAUACUAUCGAAAGGACGAACAAGCCACCAGAUUCGCAUGGUAAGAUCAUUGAACGACUUGACUACAUUUGAACGUCUACUUACCGAUGUCUCUGCAGGUGGUUCAGCGCCAUAGGACUUGGACAUAUUCUGGGUGGACUAAUCUCUUUCGGAUUUCAGCACGUUGUUCACGCGGCACUGGCAUCGUGGCGUAUCAUGUACAUUGUGCUCGGAUGCAUCAGUAUUGUCAUCGGCAUAACAUCUUUGAUCUAUCUGCCGGACACUCCAAUGACGGCGUGGUUCCUCACCGAUGAUGAGAAGGCUGCUAUACUCCGCCACGUUGCAGUCAACGAGACCGGAGUUCACAAUUCAAAAUUCGAGCCAAAGCAACUGGUCUCCCUUGUCGCUGACCCUCAAGUGUGGCUGCUGGCUUUCUGUUGCAUUUGCGCCUCCGCGGGCCAUGGUAUCAUCGGUAAUUACUCAACGACGCUCAUCAAAAGUUUCGGGUACGACUCAAAACAAGCUGCUCUCCUCAAUACCCCUGGUGGAGCCGUCGGGAUUGUCUCUAUUUUUGCUGUGGCCUUUCUGAUUCGAUACAACAAGAUCCAACGCUGGGCUGGUAUCACAGCGUGUAAAGCCGUAUCCGUGAUUGGAUCGGGCCUGCUCGCUUUUGCGAAACCCAAGGGCGCCAGACUUGCUGGAAUUUGGAUCUAUUCUUUCGCUCUGCCAGCUGCGGGUAUUGUAUACCAAUUGACUGUUGCCAAUGUUGCCGGGCACACAAAGCGCUCUGGAGCUGUUGCUACCAUGAGCGGUGCCACCGCUAUUGGACAUAUCAUCGCUCCCUACGCGGUACAGAAGAAAGACGCACCGGAGUACAGGACCGCACGGAUCGUCAUCCUGGGAACGCAAGCAGGCUCUGCAAUCUCGAUUUGUUUACUGGCAUUGUACUAUCUAUGGCAGAACAGACGGCGCGACCGCAAAUAUGGCAAGCCAUUGUUGAAUGAUACGGACAGUGAGACGGUCGCAGAACACGACGAGACGUGGACGAACCUGACGGAUGGCGAGAGGAAGACUUUCAGAUACGUUUACUGA